AUGUUGGAGGGUAUUAGAGGUUAUAUGAUGGAAGGGGUUGUGCUCAAGUACAAGAUGUUGAUCAAGCAAGCAUGGCCAAGUAUUGUAGGGUACCUGAUCCAUCCUCCCAAAAGCAAGUCGAUGCCUGGCAAACCAAAGAAGAAUCAUAGAAAGGCUGCCAUCGAGAUUGCAACAAGAGCCCAGUGGGGAGGAAAUAGUGAAGAGGUCACACGAAAAGGUACCUUUAUACAUUGCAAGAGGUGUAAAGCUAAGGGUCACAAUUCGAGAUCAUGCAAGGCUCCCAUUGCUGCCAACGAAGUGGACGUUAUAUUUAAUGUAGCUGAUAGAGCUACAAUUCAAAGGGAGUUGCGUGUUGCAACAAUUGGUGUGGGUGUAUAUGUCGAUGAGACCACUGGCAAUCAAUAUGUAGGACCUGCUGGAAGUGGUCCUUCUCGACGACCUCGUGGAGUAGAAGCAAAUGUGAUAGAGCUGCAAGGAAGUCAACCACCACCUACUCAGCCUUAG